CUCAAAUGCCACCUGUCAACCAUCACGAUAAUUUUGACAGAUUAUCCGAAAAUCUUAAAUCGUCACAAUGGAACGAUUUGCGAAAAUUGUGCAACGUCAGCGUGGAAUAUUUCACGUCUCAUCGCCAUAAAAACAGUGAUAGAAUCAAGGCUGCGCUGCUGGUGAUUUUGCAGCAACUGGACGAAUUGCAGCCGAUUUACGACGAAAUAGUCAAAUUCGCGCCAUGCUUCGAUUUCGACGAGACGACUCCGGGAAAUGGAUACAGAAGUUUUCUCUUGAUGAUCGACAAAAGUAUCGUGCACUCCGAACAGGUUUGCCAAAAGAUGUAUCGUCAGAAAGACUCAUUAUUAUUCCGAGAGAGUCAUCACACGAAGGAAGCGGAAGCAUGUUCCCAGCUAUUGAUAUCGUUACAAAUAACUUUGCCAUAUUUAAAAAUAUUGUAUAAAUGGAAUAGCUUGGAAAUAAUGAGCGAUGGAAAACCGCCUCUGAUAAUAACGGACCACAGCCGUCAAGAAUUUCUCGGUCUGAUAGAACAUGUCAAUCCACAUUGUUAUUACGGUAGAUGCGCAGGAUUUCAGUUUUGUGAUAGUUUAAAAAAGCCAAUAAAAUUAAUGAUGUCAGCUAUGGCAGCUUAUAGCGAAAUAUAUUAUAAUAAUAAUACAAUACUGAGACGAUGCGUUAAUUGCAUAGAAUAUUUUUUGGAUCCUGAAGCGACAGCACGUCGUGUUGUUAACAUAUCUCAGUAUGCUGAUAUUUAUUUUACCAAAGCAUGUUGGUCCGUGCUUGAAAUGAAAAUAUUGUGCAUAUUUCAUCCCUCGUUGGCUGUCAAUCAACCAAUAUGUAUUCCACCCGAGGAAAUAAUUCUGCCUACUCUCGAUGGUGAAACUGUGUCAAUUCCAAUACCGAAUAGCCACAUUGGAAAGAAGUCGAUAAAUCUUAAAUUGCUGAGUUUCAAACGACGCGUAGGAAUGAUCGGAUCUGGAAGCGCAGGAGGAGAGUUAUAUGAUCCAUGCGAUAGUUUAAUUAUUUAUAUUCACGGAGGGGGAUUCAUCGCACAGACAUCACAAUCACACGUAAUGUACCUACAUAAGUGGACUAAGAUGCUCGACGUACCAAUCUUGUGUAUAGAUUACAGUUUAGCCCCGGAAGCUCCCUAUCCACGCUCCCUUGAAGAAGCCCUGUAUUCUUACGCAUGGGCGUUAAAUCAUGCGACUGUACUCGGAAGUACAGCAAAAAAAGUGAUACUUGUAGGUGAUUCCGCCGGUGGUGUCUUGUGCUUGCAAGUUAUCUUCAGAUGCGUGCAGUUAAAUAUAAGAAAACCGACCGGUAUUUUUGUGGUUUACCCACCAGGGAUCAUCGAUUUUCUUCCAUCGCCAUCUCAUAUGUUCUUUUUGAACGAUCCGUUCUUAUUGGUCGGUACCAUAAUACGACUUUUGAAGGCUUACGUGGGAACUGAUAAAGGCACAUUUACGAAGCAUGAAAAUGAAGAAUGGGCGAAACUGGAUGCAAAGAGCUCUUCUGUUGAAGUGAAUGAAAAUCACGUUACAGCAAUGCAUCCAAACGAAAACAGCGCGAAAAGUAUAGCAUCUCUUUCAUCUAAUUCGACAUUAACUUCUGUCAACUCAAAAAAAAUCGAUGGUAUAUACAUAAAUUGA